UAUUUCAGGACUCGCCAUUUUAGUUCUUCAGUGUCGUUGGAAGUGCGUUGCUUGUAAUUUGGCUUUGCAACGUCUGCCCUCAAAUACCUUUUUUCUUGUUAAUUUAGUUUUCUCGUUUUUCCCCCCCUCAACCAAUCGACGUCGCAAGACAUCAGUACUCGAUUUAAGUUUACACAAUAUCCAGGAACAGCCAUGAUCACCAGAAAAAGAGGAAGAAGCAGCCUAAACGCUGACAUCACAUGCACAAGUACCUCCCAAGAGAUUGAUAGUGGUUCGAAAGCCAGUGAUACAAGUGAAACGAACAUGCUGACUUCUCCAGAAAGUGACACCAAUGAUUGGGGCCUGGAUGACCUGCUUGGCUCCGGGCUCAACUGGGACCUGGACAACGAUGUGCUUGAUACUUUCGUCAACUUUGAAUCACAGACGACGACUAGUGAUGAGACAGACCAAAGCGCAUUGCUUGACGUUCCCUUAUCCCGCAGUAGAGGUGCAGUCCAGAGGUCAAAACUGCAAGGUGUCUCUGGUCGGAUCAUCAACAAGAACGCCAUUGCAGCGAGGAUGAACCGAUUAAAGAAGAAAGAAUACGUCAGUGGCUUGGAACAGAGAGUUGGUUCUUUGACGACAGAAAACCGUGUUCUCCAGCAGGAAAACGGGAAUCUCAACAAGAGAGUGGAAGAGUUGGAGAAUGAAACUAGGUACUUGAAAGCCGUGUUGGCCAAUGAGAGCAUGCUGGCUCAGCUGUUGUCUAGAUUGAGCGGUGUGAACGGCAUGAAAUUCUCUACCUCGCUUUUCCAGGAAUCCAACGAGAACGACCACGAUUAUGCCAUGCCGAGGAAGAGGGUGAAGGUGGAAGACAAAGAUACUGCAGGUGGCAUCUGCCUGCAUGUGGACAAAGACCACGUCUCGGUGGAAUUCUGCACCAAAUGUGCAGAGAGUUCAAGCUUGUCGCAUAAAAUGUAGGGUCAAGUAUUUUACCUUUUCAACGUUUCCCGAGACUGAACAUUUGCACAAGAUGUAAAUGAGGGGACAUGACGACAGUAGUUGUCAAAUAUAGAUUUAACUGUUUAAAUGUGUGCAGAGCUUGAAUGGCAUGUCUUUUGAACUUGCUUUCAAUACAAGUUACUGCUAAACUUGUUGACAGUUUUCUUCUAGGUGCUUGGUCCGCCAUGCUGGAUGAGUGGGUCACAGAACAUCCUUGACUGCUGAAAUCCAUGUGGAUUUUGCUGUGGGGAAAGCAGAAGAAUCGGGACCAGCAGCUUGCAUCAUGGCCUGGUAAAUUUAAAAAAAGGUAGUACACGAAACCGUGUAAGUGACAGUUUUUACUGAUUCUUUAUCACACCCCUAAAGACGUCAGAUGCUGUAAUGCUCGUUUAGCAUCUAAAUGAGUAUUUAAACUCUCCUGUUUAUAGUAAUGUUUGACUACAGUCCAUUUUACAUCUGUGUCAUUUCCAUGUGUUUCAUCUUGAUUUGUUAAAGCACUUGGGCUUUAUUUGACAGUUGUCAGGAGAAAUGGUAUGUUCUAAAACAAUUUUCAAAGGGUCAUGGUUUUUGAGUAUGAUCAUCUAUAUGUGAGAUGUAAUGGAAAUCCAAAGACUGCGGGCACAUGGCUUCAGCUGUUUUGAAGUGAAAUGUAAUAAAUUUUCAUUUGAGUAAUGCAAA